AUGCUUUGCCUGCUUGAGGUGCUUUACUUACUUGAGAUGCUUUGCCUGCUUGAGGUGCUUUGCUUACUUGAGAUGCUUGGCUUACUUGAGGUGCUUUGCUUGCUUGAGGUGCUUUGCUUACUUGAGAUGCUUGGCUUACUUCAGGUGCUUUGCCUGCUUGAGGUGCUUUGCCUGCUUGAGGUGCUUUGCCUGCUUGAGGUGCUUUGCCCGCUUGAGGUGCUUUGCCCGCCUGAGGUGCUUUGCCUGCUUGAGGUGCUUUGCCUGCUUGAGGUGCUUUGCCUGCUUGAGGUGCUUUGCCUGCUUGAGGUGCUUUGCUUGCUUGAGGUGCUUUACUUGCUUGAGGUGCUUUGCUUGCUUGAGGUGCUUUGCCUGCUUGAGGUGCUUUGCCUGCUUGAGGUGCUUUGCUUGCUUGAGAUGCUUUGCUUGCUUGAGGUGCUUUGCUUACUUGAGGUGCUUUGCUUACUUGAGGUGCUUUGCCUGCUUGAGGUGCUUUACUUGCUUGAGGUGCUUUGCUUGCUUGAGGUGCUUUGCUUACUUGAGAUACUUUACUUGCUUUAGAUACUUUGCUUACUUGAGGUGCUUUGCCUGCUUGAGGUGCUUUGCUUACUUAAGGUGCUUAGCUUACUUGAGAUGCUUUGCUUACUUAAGGUGCUUUAGCUUACUUGAGAUGCUUUGCUUACUUAAGGUGCUUUAGCUUGCUUGAGGUGCUUUGCUUACUUGAGAUGCUUUGCUUGCUUGAGGUGCUUUGCUUGCUUGAGGUGCUUUGCUUACUUGAGGUGCUUUACUUGCUUGAGGUGCUUUGCCUGCUUGAGGUGCUUUGCUUACUUGAGAUGCUUUGCUUGCUUGAGGUGCUUUGCUUGCUUGAGGUGCUUUGCUUACUUGAGGUGUUUUACUUGCUUGAGGUGCUUUGCUUGCUUGAGGUGCUUUGCUUACUUGAGGUGCUUUACUUGCUUGAGGUGCUUUGCUUGCUUGAGGUGCUUUACUUGCUUGAGAUACUUUGCUUACUUGAGGUGCUUUGCCUGCUUGAGGUGCUUUGCUUACUUGAGAUGCUUUGCUUACUUGAGGUGCUUUACUUGCUUGAGGUGCUUUGCUUACUUGAGGUGCUUUACUUGCUUGAGGUGCUUUGCUUGCUUGAGGUGCUUUGCUUACUUGAGGUGCUUUGCUUGCUUGAGGUGCUUUGCUUGCUUGAGGUGCUUUACUUGCUUGAGAUACUUUGCUUACUUGAGGUGCUUUGCCUGCUUGAGGUGCUUUGCUUACUUGAGAUGCUUUGCUUGCUUGAGGUGCUUUACUUGCUUGAGGUGCUUUGCUUACUUGAGGUGCUUUACUUGCUUGAGGUGCUUUGCCUGCUUGAGGUGCUUUGCUUACUUGAGAUGCUUUGCUUGCUUGAGGUGCUUUGCUUGCUUGAGGUGCUUUGCUUACUUGAGGUGUUUUACUUGCUUGAGGUGCUUUGCUUGCUUGAGGUGCUUUGCUUACUUGAGGUGCUUUACUUGCUUGAGGUGCUUUGCUUGCUUGAGGUGCUUUGCUUGCUUGAGAUGCUUUGCUUACUUGAGGUGCUUUGCCUGCUUGAGGUGCUUUGCUUACUUGAGGUGCUUUGCUUACUUGAGAUGCUUUGCUUGCUUGAGAUACUUUGCUUACUUGAGGUGCUUUUCCUGCUUGAGGUGCUUUGCUUACUUGAGAUGCUUUACUUGAUUGAGGUGCUUUGCUUACUUGAGAUGCUUUGCCUGCUUAAGGUGCUUUGCUUGCUUGAGGUGCUUUGCUUGCUUGAGGUGCUUUGCCUGCUUGAGCUGCUUUGCUUGCUUGAGGUGCUUUGCCUGCUUGAGGUGCUUUGCUUACUUGAGAUGCUUUGCUUGCUUGAGGUGCUUUGCCUGCUUGAGGUGCUUUGCUUGCUUGAGGUGCCUUACUUGCUUGAGGUGCUUUACUUGGUUGAGGUGCUUUGCUUACUUGAGGUGCUUUGCUUGCUUGAGGUGCUUUACUUGCUUGAGGUGCUUUGCUUACUUGAGGUGCUUUGCUUGCUUGAGAUGCUUUGCCUACUUGAGGUACUUUGCCUGCUUGAGAUGCUUUGCUUACUUGAGAUGCUU